CUUCCCAGGGGACUGGGUCACUUGGACCUUGCUACUUCCUGCUCUUCGGUCCGUGGUUCGGACUAUGGAGCUGUGGGUGCAGCUGAAGCAGGCCGGACUGGAGCCCAGUGGAUUGGGUCCACUCCCCGAGGCUCUAAGGAUGCCCCCACCCGAGGGGAACCCUGGUCAGGCCCUUAUGACUUCAGGGGCAGAACUUGGGGGUGCCAGGGAACUGCUGCUGUGGAUCUGGGAGGAGUUGGGGAACCUGCGUCGAGUGGAUGUCCAGCUGUUGGGACAACUGUGUGACCUGGGACUGGAGAUAGGGACCCUUCGGGAAGAGCUGGCCACCAUCCUGGAAGAGGAGGAAGAGGAAGAAGAGGAGGAAGAGCACGAAGAGGAGAAGAGCUAUGUUGAAGAGGACAAAGGGCAGGAGGGGAAGCAGGAGGAAGAACAUUCAGGGAGCCCCUAUCCGUCCCAGCGCCUCCCUGACUUCGAAAUGACCAUCUGAGAUGAUUUGACACGCAAAUGAGAUGCAAAUUCAUGCAAAGAAAAGCGGAGAUUGAGACUCAAUGAUGCCCCUUCAGCAGACUGCUCUACCCAAAGAUGUGCUGUUGGAGAUCCCGGCAUUGGCCUGGGUGCUGUGGGCAGGUGUGAUUGUAGAUUUGGGAGGGACCCAGAAGCCACAGGUGUAUCUGUAGAGAUGUUUGCAGUGUGGCCUGGAGACCAGGUGCUUUGCAAAAGUGAUAGAGUCCUGGCAGACAGGUUUGAAGACCAAUUCCUCAUUAGUGUGGUAGGCGCCAUGGUCAUUAAGCAAUUGAAACGUGGUGGGUUCAGAUUGAGAUGUGGAGUAGGACAAAGGUCAAACACCUCCGUGGUAAAACCUCUCAACAGUUUAAACAACUCGACAACCACAUGUUGAAAAGAUAUUUUGAGUGUAUCAGAAUAUUGAUU